AUGGACCUAUAUUUAGCUAGCGAGAUUAAGUUGCAAAGGCUUCAGGCAGGGCAAAGCACAUUGGUCUGCCUUUUUUACAGACAGACCUUUGGGCAGACAACAGCUAAAGCUUUCCGCUCCCUCCCCUUUCCCAACUGUUUGCAAAAUGGAUUCCCAAAGGGAACUCACUGAAGAGCUCAGGCUUUACCAAUCCACCCUUCUUCAGGAUGGCCUCAAGGAACUCCUCGAAGAGAAGAAGUUUAUAGAUUGCUCUCUCAAAGCUGGUGACAGAAGCCUGCCUUGCCACAGAUUGAUUCUGUCGGCAUGUAGCCCUUAUUUUCGUGAGUAUUUCUUAUCUGAGCAAAAUGAAGAGAAAAAGAGGGAGGUAGUUCUAGACAAUGUUGACCCCAAUGUCCUGGAUAUGAUUGUCAAAUACCUUUAUUCAGCAAGUAUUGAUCUUAAUGAUGCUAACGUGCAAGAUAUUUUUGCUUUGGCCAGUCGCUUUCAGAUCCCUUCUGUGUUCACUGUGUGCGUCUCCUAUCUUCAGAAGAGGCUUGCUGUUGGGAACUGUUUGGCCAUCCUUCGGUUAGGUGUUCUGCUUGAUUGCCCACGACUUGCAUUUUCUGCCCGUGAUUUUGUUUCAGAUCAUUUUGUGCAGAUCUGCAAAGAAGAGGACUUCAUGCAGCUUGCCCCGCAUGAACUUAUCUCAGUCAUUUCACCUGACAGCUUAAAUGUAGAGAAGGAAGAACUGGUAUUUGAAGCAGUAAUGAGGUGGGUCCGAACGGACAAGGAGAACAGAGUAAAGAGCCUGGGGGAAAUUUUUGACUGCAUACGUUUUCGUCUUAUGCCAGAAAAAUAUUUCAAAGAACAUGUCGAGAAGGAUGAUAUCAUUAAAAGCAACUCAGACCUUCAGAAAAAAGUAAAGAUCAUUAAGGAUGCUUUUGCUGGGAAACUGCCCGACCCUAGCAAAAGUACAGAAAAGUCAACCAAAGGGGAGGUGAAUGGCGAUGUAGGAGAUGAAGAUUUACUUCCUGGCUACCUAAAUGACCUUCCCAGGCACGGCAUGUUUGUCAAAGACCUGAUUCUUCUGGUUAACGACACUGCUGCAGUAGCUUAUGAUCCUCUUGAAAAUGAAUGCUACCUAGCAGCCCUGGCAGAACAGAUUCCCAGAAAUCAUUCCAGUAUAGUCACCAAACAAAAUCAGGUCUACAUUGUUGGAGGACUGUAUGUGGAAGAGGAGAACAAGGAUCAGCCUUUCCAGUCAUACUUCUUCCAGCUGGAUAGCAUCGCUGGCGAGUGGGCUGCCCUUCCUCCUCUGCCAUCAGCCAGGUGCCUCUUCGGGCUGGGAGAGUCGGACAACAAGAUCUAUGUAAUUGCAGGCAAGGACCUUCGCACUGAGGAGUCUCUAGAUUCAGUAUUGUGCUAUGAUCCCGUGGCAAUGAAAUGGGGCGAGAUCAAAAAACUGCCCAUCAAAGUAUAUGGCCAUGCUACUAUCUCAAACAAUGGAUUGAUAUAUUGUCUUGGCGGAAAAACUGAUGAUAAGAAAUGCACUAAUAGGCUGUUUGUAUACAAUCCCAAGAAAGGAGACUGGAGAGACCUGGCUCCAAUGAAAGUGGCUCGCUCAAUGUUUGGAACAGCUAUCCAUAAGGGCAAGAUUGUCAUUGCAGGUGGUGUCACUGAAGAAGGCCUUACUGCAUCUGUUGAAGCUUUUGAUCUGACCACCAAUAAGUGGGAGAUUAUGCCUGAAUUUCCCCAGGAGAGAAGUUCCAUCAGUUUAGUCACCUUAAGCGGAGCUUUGUAUGCUAUUGGAGGCUUUGCGAUGAUUCAGCUUGAAUCUAAAGAAUUUGCACCCAGUGAAGUCACAGACAUAUGGAAGUAUGAUGAUGAAAAGAAGGAAUGGAUUGGCAUACUGAAAGAGAUCCGAUAUGCCACUGGAGCCUCCUGCCUGGCUACACGCUUAAACCUCUUCAAGUUAUCAAAAUUGUAAACAAAAUGCUGGAAAA